AUGGAGAUCCUUUACAUUCUGUUUGCUGUUCUCUUCUUGGUCUCCCUGGCGACCGCAGGACACCGGAGGUUUCCAGACACCCAGUCUUGCAUCAGACGUGAUGGUUACUGUAAAGCAAAAUGCACGAAGAUCGAUGGCCGGGAUGAAGUGGAGCUGGGGACCUGCAGGAAUGGAAGGCAGAAAUGCUGCCGACCUAAGCGUCUGCUCUCCAGCUACACUGGGAUCCUAGCCAACCUUCAGCCAUGA